AUAACAGGCGCAACCGCGGCAUCAGGACCACACGAACACAACGUAAAGAACACACAACAAGAAGCAGGGAGCGCGACCAGGACCAGUCUCGCAAAGCAUUUUGUCGACAGCAUACCUUUCGCAGAUGAAAUAGUCGCUUCCCAGUUGCGAGGUCGGCCACGGGCUGGCUUUCCACUCGAAAAGCCGCAAUACGGCGUUUUUCCUUCGACAAGCCAUGAGUGUCCUUCGCCUCUUAGUCUACCGAACGAGCGAAAGGGCGCUGUAGAGAGCUGCUGGAGAGACGAUUAUUGUGCCCUUUGCCGGGAUGUCGUUCGCCGGCACGAGUGCAGCCAGCAGCAGUAGCAAUGCUAUCGGCACCGGCCAGCGCUCUCUGCUCACACCUUCUCCAUCCUCACCCCCUUCACCAGCCCCGGAGGGAGAGGAUAGCGGGCCACGACGCAAUGGCGAGCACGAAUGGCGCGUCGGCGCGGUGAAGCCUUCGGAGCCUGUCCGUAGAGGCAGUGAGGCCACUGCUCUCAGCCCUGCCGCUUUACACGAUCUCACCUCGUCACCCGACUCACUACCUCUGCGCUCGCUCGACGAUGACACUCCGCUCCCUGCGCUGGACGAGGCAAUGGCCAGCGACCACUGGCACGACGCACCUUCCCGUCAGCAGGCUAAGGAGCAGCAGCAGCCACCUCAACCACAACCGUCGACCGGUGCAUCUUCGCCGUCGGCGGCUGACUCGCCUGCGCCCUCGCCACAUGCCACGCAGCGCCGCCAUUCAUCGGUGCGGACUUCGCGAGCGAGAGCGCAGCUUGCUCCGCUCAAGAUCGAUGAUCAAGCGGACCCCAGAGGCAGCGGUCUGCGCAGAGGAUCGUCGCAUACGCACCGUCAAACUUCGCCCAUACCGGCCGUGCUGCCUGUGCCGCCCAUGUCCCUACCCACGCACUUACAUCUCGAGCUGGCAUCGGAGCGGCCUUCCGCUCUCUACCUUCACCGAUCCGCCACAAGUGACUUUCCCUACGAGACGUCGGCGGUCAAGUUUGAGCGACUGCACAAUUUUCUCAUGCUUCCGCCCCAGCUGGAACAAGUCUUGGUCUUUGGCGCUAUCGCGUGUCUAGAUGCGUGGCUCUAUACCUUCACCAUCUUGCCACUCCGCUUCCUCAAUGCCCUCAUGAUUCUGCUACAAUGGAUGGGUGGUAAUGCCAUCCAAGAGGUUCAAGAUAUAGCUGGAUUCGUCUAUGAGGGGUUGGGGCGGAUGUGGCGGCGUCGGCGACGAUUAGACCAACACGAUCGGAAAGCCUCUUCCUCCAGUCAAAGGCCCAAUGACGGAGACGCGCAAUCGAGCAAGGAUACAUACGAUGGCGUUCCGAGCGACGCCCGGCUCCCUCAUGUCUCGCAGCCGACUGCAGACCACGAUCACCCCAUGCCGUCAAAACGCAAGGCUCGUAAGCCAUCGAAUGUCUUCCGCCAUCGGCGUACACGGUCGACGCCAUCGAUACUUCUUCCCAGUCACAAGGCCGACCUACUUCAGGGUCUCCUCAUCGUAACCAGUUGCGUUGCGCUCAUGUGGUUUGAUGCAAGCCGGACAUAUCACUCAAUUAGAGGACAGGCUGCCAUUAAACUUUACGUCAUAUACAAUGUUCUCGAGGUCUUCGACCGCUUGCUGUCUGCAGUUGGUCAAGACAUUCUCGAGUGCUUGUUCUCGCGCGAGACCCUGGAGCGCAAUCCCGAUGGCCGUAGUAAGAUCUCCCGGCCAUUUUGGAUGUUUCUGCUUGCUCUCCUCUAUGUCAUCGGCCAUUCCACGGCCUUGUUCUACCAGGUCGUCACCCUGAACGUUGCAGUCAACUCCUACUCUAACGCUCUCCUGACCUUGCUUAUGAGCAAUCAAUUUGUCGAAAUUAAGGGCACAGUGUUCAAGAAAUUCGAGAAGGAGAACCUAUUCCAACUCACCUGCGCCGAUAUCGUGGAGCGCUUUCAACUGUGGCUUAUGCUGCUGAUUAUAGCGUUGCGCAACAUCGUUGAAGUUGGUGGCCUCAGCAUCAGUCUCAGUGCCGCCUUCAGUGACGAGAGCUCUGCUAGCCCAUCGUCAAGCAACAACGCGACUGGGUUUCCGCUGCUUUCGGGUCUCGUCAUUCCGAAGGCCUUCACCUUGAUGCCUACCUGGACAGGAGAAGUCCUCGGUCCUUUUCUCAUUGUGCUUGGCAGCGAGGCGCUGGUCGAUUGGUGCAAGCAUGCCUAUAUUUCGAAGUUCAACAACGUGAAACCAAACAUAUACGGGCGCUUUCUAGAUGUCUUGGCAAAAGACUACUAUUCUCAUGCGUUCGUGGACCAAAACCUUACGAAGAGGCUCGGCUUACCUAUCAUCCCUCUCAGCUGUCUGUUCAUCCGAUCGAUGGUUCAAACAUACCACAUGUUCCUGGCCACUCAUAUGCCGCCGCCAAUCCCAGCCAGUGCGACAUCAUUGUCCCUCGAGGCUGAGACCACAGAUACGUCGUCGGUCAUCAUGGUUGCACUGCACAAUUUUGAUAAUGUGCUGCGUCGAGCUCUCGGUACAUCCACUUUUGGGGCCGGAAACCACGCAGGAUCGACAUACGCUUGGUGGACUUUGGACGACUUCAUAGCGCUCGCCACGAUGGUCAUAUUCUUCCUGGUCAUCUAUCUCGUUUUCCUGGCACUCAAGCUGAUAUUGGGGAUGGUUCUAUUAUCGUAUUCCCGGAACCGUUACCGUGACAUGAAGACUAGAGAGGAUCAACCUAUCGACACUUACGGUCGAAGGGUUGGCGGGUGGGGAGCGGUGGAGGUCGAUGAAGACAAGCGUCGCUGGAUCUACGAAGAUGAUCCUGGGAAUCUGGCUAAGCUCAAAGAGAAGGAGAGCAGAGGCCGUCAGAAAGCCGAUCAAACGGCGUUGAAGCUUGAUAACGUUGAUCGCUACACAAUGGUUGCCAAAAGGAUAUGGUAGUACAAGCUGACCUGCACAGCAGCCUCGGCCCGUGCAAUAUUAAAGCACUUCUCAUCGCCUUGAUGACCCUCAAGCACGAAAACAAUAUUGUCUCACCGGAAGACGAGUAAGUAUG